UGUUGAUAACCUCACAUUUUCACGUUUUUCAAGUUUGUUGUUUUGAAUUUCGUCAUUUCGUGAUGUACUCUCCAGAGAGACGGUUUUACUACGAAACUAGAGAUUUGGACGUUUAUGAGCAUCUUCAACACAAAAGGAUGUACGAAAAGUUGGAGAACGAGCGAGAACAGGCCCUCGAGGCAGGAACUUGGAAGUGUGGCCAGAGUUACGCCGUUCCCGUGGCUUCACCCAAAAAGAAGAAAAAGAAGAAGUUCAAUGGUGAACGUGCAAUGGAUGAAGAAUGGUCUUCGUUGAGUUCUACACCGGAAAAACUCAAAAAGAAGCAUAGAUUAGACAGCCAGGGACACAACGAGGAACAAUCUGAAGAGAAUUCACAAAAAAGGAAACGUAAAAAGCACAAAAAAAGUGACUCUGAAAGUGUGGACACUUCCACAGAUGGAGGUAGUUUUGAUAUCGAAGUAUCAACGAAGCACAAAAAGAAGAAAGAUGGGGAACUACAAAAAAGGGGAAAUGGUGAAAUUGAAGUUAAAGAAAAGCACAAUAAUUCAGAAAAACUAAAUGGAAGGGAAGUAAAUCAUUCAUUUUCUUCAUCUGAUAGUCAACCUGGUGAAAAUAACACACAGCCAGAAGAGAAUAGAAGAAAGAAAAAACACAAAAAAAGAAAACGUGAAAAUGAAAUAGAUUCUUCCGAACUUGAGAAAACUCCGGUAGAUGCACCUAAAAAGAAGAAAAAGAAGAAACAUCUUCAAGAACAUGAACAACAAGGAAAUGAAACUGUUACCCCAGACAAAAAUAAAACAACAAAUGGAGACGAUAGUGACGUUAAAGAAGAAUUAAUGUCGUCUGGUUCGGUCAAAAAGUCAAAAAAAGAGUCAAAAAUAACCACCCAAUUAACCGCAAUCAAAGAAUUGUUUCCCAUCGAUGAUGAAGUAAAGAGUGAAAACACAAAAGACUCUAAAGAAGAAGAAAAUUUGCAUUCGGUUGUUGAUUUAGGUGUAGACGUUAUCAAAGAAUUUGAAAAACCCUUCACAGAUGAUGACACGUCCCAGGAAUUGGCAAAAUCGCCACUCUUUGAAAAACCGAAAAAACAAGAAAAAAAUAAAAAACGGGGUGCUGUGAUUGUUAAAGCUGAAAAAUCGCCACCGGAGCGGGGUUUAAAAAUUAAGAAACUUUUUUCUGUCUCUAAGUGCGAUGACGACGAGGUGUUAAAAGAUAAGGAUUUGUCGUCGGAAAUCAAAAAAAUUAAAGAGGAAAAGCGAUUAAGCUCUGCGGAAGAAAAGGUGCUGAAGAAGUUACAUAUAAAUUUACCUUGGCGAGUUCCCCCGUUGCAUAUGGUAGAAACAAGGGUGGCUGUUAGACCGAACAAAGAACAGAAGAUGCGCAUAGAAGAAUUGGCGGUGGAAGUGAAGACGGGCUCCUAUACUAAACUGGAAGAUGUACAGAUUAGGGCCAACUGGGAAAAAUUUUGUAAAAUGCACGAACUCGCUGAAGAUCCCAAACCUUUCCUCAACUUGGUAAAUUCUGACAGGAAAGUGACUUUCCCCACGAACGAACGUAUCAACUUUGUUCGCUUUUUAGCGCAUAAACUCGAUAAUAGACUUCUGUGUUCAGUCUACAACAGAUUCCGACGACUCUUCCAAGCUCAGGAAAUCAGAAGUGGAAGGUUCACAACACAAGAAGACGAAAAAAUUGUUGAGUACAUACAGAGUUCGUCAUCGAGAACCCCCUACUCGGAUCUGGCGGUACUUUUAAACCGAACCAAAACUGCGAUCGAGAAAAGAGCACAGAAACUGGUACUAAAAUUCAAUAAUGCUCAAACUUCUGUUAUAAAAUGGGACAAGAAAAAAAUUGAAGAAUUCUUAACCAAUUUCGUUGAGGUGACACAAGUGGAAGAGAUUACAGAUCUUAAAACUCGAGAAGUCACUACUGAAGAGUGGCGCCAGAUGGAGAGUAGAAUGAAAAUCCCUAUGGUGAAGCUACGCAACGCGUGGAUGCACACCAUUUACUCUAAAAUAUUCACGAAACGGAAACUGAAGACGUCACGUGUGAGAAAAUACCUCAUAAGAACGUUGGUAGAGAGGGGCGAAAACGACUUACGGGCUAUUAAUUGGAAUUCGAUUCAAACGGAGAUGGAAAAGAAAUACGAGGGAUUCACAGGACAGAAACUUAAUACAAUGCUGCAAUCCAUGAUUAAUUAUCACGUGCCUGCGACGAAGCGGCAUAAUUUGAAAGUGUGUUUAAAAUACUUGGAAGAAGCUUGUAACAAUGGUGGAAUUAGAGGACAGAAAGUGAAAAGGUUUAAAGUGAUUGAUAAUAGAUAAUCAGACAAGUGAUAAGUGAUUAUUUUAAACACUCCGAGCUUUUUUAUUUUGAAAAUUGCAAUUAAUUUUGAGCUGGCGAUGAAGAAAAAGGAUUUUUUGUGUACAUGAGAGAAAAACGAAUUCUGUUAGGGCUGAAAAAAUAUUUCUUUUUUAAGUAUGUUGCAAACUAUGCAGAAUCAACAGACUAAAAGUGAGAUGAUAUAAAAUAGUAAAAAGAAGCUUUAAAUAAAAAAUAAAACAGUGUCAUG